AUGAAUAGGUGUAAAUUUACUUUCUUUGUUGAUUUACAUGGCUCGGCCCAUGAGCGCGAGUGCAACCCACGGCACUCACCACUGCUACCAUUCCCUCCUCUCUUCUUGCAGCUCCCACUCCCACCUCCUCCAACUCCACGCCCACCUCCUCACCUCCGGCGUCCUCCGCCGCCGCACCUUCCUCGCCGCCGAGCUCCUCCGCGUCCUCGCGCUCUCCCACGCCCACGCCCACGCCCACGCCCACGCCCAAACCCUCCUCCUCCACUCCCCCCUCCUCCUCCCCUCGCGCUCCGCUUGGAACCUCCUCAUCCGCGCCCGCGCCCAAGCGGACUCACCCUCCCGCGCGCUCGGCCUCUUCCUCCUCAUGCGCCGCCGCGGCCUCCGCCCCAACGAGCUCAACCUCCCCUUCGUCCUCAAAUCCUGCGCCCAACUCCGCGACCUCCGAUCCGGCGCCCAGGCCCACGCCGACGCCGUGAAGAACGGGGUCGAUUUCGUCGUCUACGUGCAGAACACCCUCAUGCUGCUCUACGGGUCGUGUGCCCGUUUGGGUGACGCUCGUAAGGUGUUCGACGAUAUGCCCCUCAGAACCGUGGUCUCGUGGAACACCAUGUUAUCCGCCUGCGUCGAUAAUUCGACGCCCGAGGAGUGCAUCAGAUUGUUUUUCCGGAUGGUGGACUCCGGGUUCGAGCUGGAUCAGCCCACGUUCCUCGUCCUGCUCUCGGCCUGCGCCGAGCUCGGGUGCUUGACUUUCGGAAAGUGGAUUCACGGCCAGAUAUUACAAAUUGAGAGAGAGUUCACUCUUCAGUUAGGCACCGCCCUUGUCAACAUGUACGCCAAAUGCGGGGCGAUAACAUACGCCCGCCGCUUAUUCGAGAAGAUGUCAGUGAGGAACGUGUGGACGUGGAGCGCCAUGAUUCUCGGGUUCGCUCAGCACGGCGCCCCGGAAGAAGCUCUUACGCUUUUCUCGCAGAUGAAGAACACUUCCGUCGAACCCAAUUACGUGACCUUCCUGGGCGUUAUUUGUGCUUGCUCGCAUGCGGGCUUGGCGGAUGAGGCGUAUCGACUCUUCCAUGAAAUGGAGCAUGUAUACGGUAUCAAGCCGAUGAUGACACACUACAGCGCCAUGGUCGAUGUACUAGGUCGCAACGGUCGCCUUCUUGAAGCUUACAACUUUACUAAAAGCAUGCCCGUUGAGCCUGACGCGGUUGUAUGGAGAACUCUGCUAAGCGCUUGCCAGUUACAUAGUUCCAAAGAUAGUCACGGAAUCGGGGAAGAGGUGCAAAGAAAGCUGCUAGCAUUGGAGCCCAGACGGAGCGGGAACUACGUGAUGGUCGCAAAUAUGUAUUCAGAGGUCGGCUCAUGGGAGGAGGCUGCGAAGAUGAGGCGAGUGAUGAGAAUGGAGGGGUUGAAGAAGGUAGCGGGGGAGAGUUGCGUCGAAGUGGGAGGGAGGAUUUAUCGGUUUAUUUCCGGGGAUGAUGAUUCUUGUAUUGGUUUUGACAGUAUCGCGGAGGCACUGAAUGGAUUGAACUUGAACAUGAAAAGAACGGACACUGUUGAUAUAAUUUUUCCAAUCGAAACGAACGUACGAUUUUGAUUCC